UACCGCAGUGGCAGCCGGCAGGCUGGCAGUAGCAAAAAGGGCACAGGUUUCGGCGUACGGUUGGCGCAAAUAUCUGCGCGUCAUCAUCGAGUCAUCGGAACAAACUCGGACUGUCGGGCAUCAGAUGCUGCAGCUGGCACUUGGCCACAAUGUCGCGCCAACAGUCGAUGCGCUCCAAAGGCGCCGCUGCUGACAUUCGAUCGCGAAUCCGUCACGAGAACACCAAUCUUGGCGCUGGCGUCGACAUCCAGCCGUCGUUCAGGGGCGGCGCUGCCCUAGGAGCACCACAUGGACUCGCUGGAGUGCAGCAGGGGGAAGCCGCAUUCCUAGCCCAUGGUGGAAGUGGCUAUUCAUCGAGCGCCGCAGUUGCGAUGAAUGGGGGUGGAUGCGAGUACUCCCACCAGAUCAGCGCAUCUAUUGCUAGUCUGAGUUCUAGCGGUUUUCAUGGCACUAGCUCAGAAACCAACCUGGCGCAGUCACUACAGGGUGCAUCGCUCGGCGGACAAACGCCGCUGCGUCCUGCCCGAUCUGCGAGGAGGCCCCAGAACCAAUCGCCGCAGCGUCAAGAUGGAUUUGCGCUGGCAGGUCCUUCGCGGGCUCAUCAGCUCCCUGGCCUCCAGAUACAUCAAGACCCAGUAGAUCGCAGUGCGGCUCCUGGUCGCAAUCUGUUGAACUCGAAUAGAGGCACCAGGGUAUCCCCCGUCGGCGAGCCGGACGGCUAUGGAUCGUUCAGUUUGGCACGGGGAGCCAGCACGUCCGGUCAAUUCAUGCAUAACCAACAUGGCUACGAAGCACCUCAACCUCGAUCAGGGCUGAAAGCUGCGUAUGACGGUGAAGAAGAUGCGUACGGUGGUCUAUCGCCUCUUGGUGAACACCCAGGUCACGAGCUUCCGAUACCGUCUAUCAGCCCUACGACGCCGGCCUCAGUAGGUUCUCUUACACAUCGCAAGGAACCAGCCGCGCUCAACAGCGUCAUAUCAGCUCUGAGUGCUGCGGGGAGGAAGCAUCAGACGAACCGCAUCCAGCGUGGUGCCGCCGUAUCAGCAGAAGAUGAGCGCAGGCGACGGGGGAGCCAGAUGCGGAUCGAUCAGAUGAGGCACAUCGAGCGACGGCCGCUGGAGAGUUAUCUGCGCAAGGACGAUGCGAGGGCUUUCAGGGAGAUCAAUGCGGUGCUGCGGAAGGUCAAGGCCGAAUGGUCACACAUGACGAUGGACGAUUUCAAUGCGGCAUCAUUUGCGCUCUCGCUCAUGGACGACAGCUCGUUGGGCGCCAGCUUCGAUGAAUUCGAGAAAAUGAAGAAAAUGCUCGAACGCGCGCUCCAAGGGACCCUCGAUGAUCACUAUGAAGCUUUCGCAUCUGCUAUUACACUACACAACAACGUCCUCUCCUCUUUGAGCACGGCCCAAAACAACGUAUCCGUUGCACGGAGAAGACUCCGUGAUUCUCGAGACGCGCUUGGUGCCAAGCGCGCAGAUCUCGUGCAAAUGUGGCACAAGAGCCAAGGGGUGAAAGAAGCACUCAGAUUGCUGGACACCGUGGAGAACCUCAAGAACAUGCCAGAUCGACUGGAAGCUCUCAUGUCCCAGAAGCGUUUUCUCGAGGGUGUCAACGUCUUGACGCGCGGGCUGCGGACGAUCGACAAGGCAGAGAUUGUCGAACUGACAGGCACAGCAGACCUUCGAGCGUACCUGAAGGCACAGGAACAGAGUGUGCUGGACAUUCUAGUGGAAGAACUGCACAACCACCUGUACCUCAAAAGUCCGUCUUGCGACGUCCGCUGGCACGCUUACACGCCUGGCCAGACGUUAAUGCCGACCUUGGAUCUGGACAACCAAUUCGAAGAAAGCGAGGAGGAGAACAUGGUCGCCGCGCAGGAUUUGAAAGCGUCUCUGUCUUCCUUGCCAAGCACUCAUCAGCCCCCUCCGGCAGCAUUGCAUCGUUUCCUGCAAACCUUGUCAUCUCGUCCCUCUUUCGAUCCAAAGCUCGCAACGGACGUUGUGGACACUAGUCUUGCGCCGAGUACCUCAACCUCGGCGCUGACAGGCGAGCUCAUCGAGAAUACAGGCGAUUCCGGGAUGGCCAAUUCCAAGAGUACUGACUCGCUCGCUGGCCUGACUGGCUUUAAUAGCGCAGGGGACAGUGGCAGCAAUGGCUCGGAAAAUAUUGAGAGCAACAGCUUCCUCUACAUCGAGAUGCUUCUGGAAAGCAUUGCUCGCUUGGACAAGCUAUCCUACGUUCUCGAUACUAUCGCACAUCGACUGCAAGUGGAGGUUCACCAGGUUAUCGAUACUACGAUCGAAGAAGUCGAGCGUCGCAACGAGCCGUCAAGACAACACUCCAUGGGGCGAGCAGGAUCCAUGUACCUUGGCCGCUCAUCAUCACACACACUCUCGUUUAGCGGCCCCUCAUCUUCUGCUUGGCGUGGCUCUGGGCCGCCAAGUACCCUUCACGUAUCCACCAGUGGCUCUGUACGACAUGGUCUCAUGCGGCGGACCGCCGCAGAAUCGUUUGCGACAGCCAUGGACGAGGAGACGAUGCGGGACCUCUUCUGGACCCUCUUUUCCAAAUUUGAUGCUAUCCUGCAAGGGCAUCGAGCCGUGUACGAGGUCACGACGCGCAUCUCGUCGCGCACCGGCUUCUCGCGGUCGACUCCUCUCGCCCGGACGACUACUCUGUCGUCGCCUGUCAAGGUCUGGCGGCAAAUACAGCUCGAGGUCCGGUCUCUUCUGCACGACCAUCUUGUUGAUGAGUCCCAGCCAUCAUCGCGCGCACGACGCCAAGCUAUCAUCUCUGUCAACGAUGUGCUGCGUUUCGGCAAGACCGAUAGGGACAAGAGCAAGCGACUUUUCACGUUGCCAUUGGGGCAAGUAAAGAGCGGCAAGAAGGAAGUCAAUCCCAUCAAAAAAUACGAAGAAGAGCUUACAGCUGCUUUGCGCAUUCACGUACCCGGCCUCGUGUCAUCGGACGCCGCGGCCGGCCCUGGCAUCACCAUGAUCGACCUGGGUCAUUCCAUGACGAUAGGCGGCACCUCAACGGCAGAGCUGACAGGUACAGGGCAUCGCAUCCUGGUCAAGCCAGAUGCGUUCAAUCUCUCGAGAAUUUUCAAGCCGAUGCUUAAAUUCAUUGCAAAGGUACAAGCCGUCAUGCCCCCAGACGGCGAGGGAACAUCUGACUAUGACUCUUUCCUGGAGGAAUUUGUGCGAGAGACCUUCCUGCCUCAGCUGGAAGAAAAGGCGCAGUUGUUGUUCUUGCAGUCGACAAGCAGUCUGGACGCGCUGCAAGAAGACGCUGCGUUCAAACAGGCUACAGGCAAACCGGUGACAAGGUCGGUGCGCAACGUCCUCGUGCUCUUGGACGGCAUUUACAGUAUCUUAGAGGCAACGCCGUUCCAUCGGACUAGCAUUGCUCGCUUAAUGGUACAGCUCAUCGUUCAGUUCUAUCAGCGUUGCAGCGAUCGCUUCACCAACCUCGUCGCUCUGCCAGCGGAUGGCGACACUCCAUCUGACGCUGUGCACACUUGCGCAGCUUGGGCACAACGACCUGAAAUCCUGGAAUAUCUUUCAGAUGCAGUUCAAAGCGCUUCGGACGAGACACGUCAGAAAGAAUUGUUCGACCAGGAAAAUCGGACAUUGCUGCAGGUUUCGAAGUACGGCAGCGGGCUUAAGUUUGCAGAUCUAACGACAUCUCGCAAGAAGCUCCUCGCGCUCGGCACGCUCAAGCACAGUCUCGCUAGCUUCCUCGUUCACAUGCGCCGGUUGAAGGCGAUGGCCGUCUUUCCUGAGGACCAACUGGGCGUCAGCCUUCUUGGCUCAGGCAAGGGCACGCAUAUGGCCCUGCCACUCAACGACGAAAUGGCUGUGCGAUUCCAAAGCCUCCCAGCAACGUUCGAAUACUUGUGCAACGUCAUCCUGUUCACUCUGAGGGCAGAGUUGCGCAUCCGCGCUGCAUUUCAUCUCAAUCUCACGGUGACAGAUGGUAACUACUUGAUCGAAGAAGCCACGCUGGAACCCGAUCCGCAUGUGGUCGACCUCAAUGCGGAGAUUGUUUCGUGCGACGACGUUUUUCUCGACUCGCUUCCCAACGAGGAUCGCCAAUUCUUGUUCGCUGGUCUCUCUGGCUUUAUGGACCUGUUGCUUGUCGCAUCAGUGCGGCGUCUGCGCGCAAUCAAUCGACAUGGCGUCACCAAGAUGAUCCGCAACAUCAUGGCUCUGCAACAGAACUUGAAGAGCAUGGUCGAUACUCCCGAACAAGUCAAUCUGGAACGCAGCCAGCGAUUCUGGGACUUGCUACUGCAGACGCCGGAGGAAAUGUUGGAGGUUAUCCGGAAGGAUGGCGCGCAUCACACGUUCGAAGAGUACAAGUCGGCUCUCCAUCUCGUGCUAGGCUUGGAGAACGUCCGGGCCAGCGGUGGGGCAGCAAAUGGGGUUCUACCGCCGGCCAUUGCGAAUGCAGGCACGUUUUCUGAAAGGAGAGACACUUCACGAAAUCAAUACAACGAAUACCUGAUCGAGCUACAUCAGGUGGUUGGAGACGCUUGAUCGUCGCGACGCAGACGUACGAGCGAGUGUGAGCGCGUGGUAAUGAUCUUUAUGCGCGAUAUAUACUUGUUGCGUUACGCGUAUCACAUCCGGUCACCUUGGGUCACACGAGAAAUUGCAAUUUAUGAUUGGCGUUUCAAUUUACAUCGCAUUCCAUGACGCAUGGUGAGACGAGCAGCCGCUAAGGACGGUAGAUCUUUUGAGAGACAAAAUCAUGUGUCGCCUCGCUCGAGCAAUUCUGGUCUGCCGACCGCCUUGCGCGAGCCAAGAAAAUGAGGCUGAAAGCAAGAAUGCCUCACUCUCGACCAUUAACGCUGCUCCUGGACAUCGCAAGCAAAAACA